GUUAGACAUUGGAGGUCUGAGCCGCGUGCUGCUGAGUCAGCUAGGCUUAGACGGGCUGGUGCCAGCUCGACAGUUAUGCAAAGCUCAGUUAUGCAAAGCUAGCUGAUUUGUGCCUUCUGUGAAGUCUAAUCCAUGUCGGCCUCAGAAAAUUUGAGUAAAGAAUACGAACAGCACACGGAUAAGAAGCUUAGAAGCAACCGGCUUUCAGAUUAUCUUUACAAAAACCUGAAGCUGCAACAGCAGAUGAAUUGUGCAGGAAAUUUACCAGAGUUUCCCUUUGAUCCUGACUCUAAACUAAAAUUCUAUCUGAAGAAGCUGGCAACUACAGAUCGCAUUGCUAUCCUACCUUUAGACAAUGAUAUGAUCAAAAUACUAAAAACAAUCAUACAAAAAACUGAAGAGACUGUCCAAGGAAGCAGUCAGAAUGAAUGGACAAAUUCAGGCAAACAGCACUCACGUUUCCACUUCAUUUCUUUUGCAAGGUCCAGGAAGAGGAAGCACUAUGCUAGACGCAGGCGUAAUAGAAAAAAAAGGCCUCGAUUAGUACAGGAGUAUUCUACUUUAAGUCUACAGAAUGGAGAACAGCAUGAACGCAGAAAGUACUUGUAUCCCAAGUGUAGGCACAAGACUAGAAACGUUGCAAGAUCAGAGUCUGCUGUUUGUAAACUAGGAAACAGUAUCAUGUAUUUUCAUGUUGAUUGGGGGAGCUUACCUUCACAUCUUAACCCAAGAGAACAGUAUCUUGGAGACUUGCUUGAAACUACUACGACAAGACCAAUGCACAAUACAGUGCAAUUUAGUGUCGUCUGCAAAGGGCUUACUAUGUUUAAAUUUGAAGAUUUGUUGGCAGCAACCAAUCACUUUGAUAGUCGACCAUUGAGGAGAGGAGGCAAACUUAUUGGUUCUGGAAGCUUUGGAGACGUAUUUUUUGCACGAGUCAUUCAUAAUCGAAUAGAACAUGAAGUGGCAAUUAAGAAAUUUAAGCAACCUCAAAAAAGAAGACUGUCAGCAACUCUCAUGGCAAGAAAGCAAUUUCCAACAGAAGUUGGAAUCCUAAUGAGAGCCCACUUGGGAAACAUACCACGACUUAUUGGUCUUAGCACGGAUGGACCCGAGCUUUGUAUUGUCUGUGAAUACAUACCAGGUGGAACACUUGCUCAAAGGCUCUCAAAGGACUGCUCUACUCCAUUAGUCUGGAGAGAUCGCAUGAACGUUUUCAUUGGGGUUUGUCGAGCUGUAAAAUAUUUGCACACUGAAAUGGUCCCACCGAUGAUUCACAGAGACAUCAAAAGCUCAAAUAUUCUUCUUUCAAGUGACUGCGUUGGAAAGUUGUCCGAUUUUGGCUUGGCUUGUAGCACAGAGUAUGAGUCAGAUCCGGAUGAGAGUUUUGAAGAAUCCGGUUCAAUUUCUGUUGGAACUAGAUGCUACAUGCCCCCAGAGGCCUUCAAAGGUCGUUUCUCUACCAAGACAGAUGUUUACUCAUUGGGAGUGGUACUUUAUGAAGUAGUAACAGGUCUUCCUCCCUAUUCACAUGCUAAGAAGAAGGAUUUGGUCACUUUUAUGAGGGAAUUGUGCAGUGAAGAUGCUGACAUGUCUGUAUUGUUUGACCCUCGAGCAAGUUGGCCAUCAUUACUUGCAACACCGUUGUUAACAAAAGCUCAACAGUCUACAGUUGAUGUCAACAGCGAAAGACCACGAAUAGCAGAGAUACUCCACAACUUGGAAGAGAUGUUGUUGCAUUGGAAGUAAUCAACAGACUAAGUUGUGUUGGACCGGCUAUCGAAUCUGGACUGAUAGUUUGUAUUUAUUGUAUUGAUGGGUCCGUAACAUAUUUGCCUACUGUAGUUUGUUGCUUUUGUCUUGCUUGUGCUCGUGUGAUUAAGUUAAUCAAAU